GUUUUGAUGGGGAAUGUAGAAUCGUCAGAGAGAACACUGUUCGAAAGGGCAGUUAAUAGUUAGCGACGUAUUAGUACAUUGUGCUUUUCCGGCUACGCACAUUAAAAAACUAUGUCUGGUGAAGAGCAGCAAAAACACAUCCUGAAAUUAAUUCAAGAAGGCAAAUGUGGGCUUUUCCAGGAGGAGCUGCGGAAAGAAGCUCGAUCACUCGGGGAUCUGUCCAUAAAGCACUUUGGCAGGUCUGGGGAUACUUUGCUUCAUUAUGCUGCCAGACACGGACACCUCGACAUCUUAACUUAUUUGGUGGAGGUUAUGGGCAUGGAUAUUGAAGUCCUGAACAAUGAUUACAAGAGGCCUCUCCAUGAAGCUGCAUCCAUGGGUCACCACCAGUGUUUGUUAUAUCUUCUCAGUAAGGGGGCAGAGGUGGACUGCUUGAAAAAAGCUGAUUGGACUCCUCUCAUGAUGGCCUGCACUAGAAAAAAUCUAGAUGUGAUUAAAGAUCUGAUUGUACAUGGAGCCAAUCCAAGGCUGAAGAACAAGGAUGGGUGGAACUGCUUCCACAUAGCUUCGCGAGAGGGAGACCCAGCCAUUAUCUGUUACCUCCUAGACAUCUGUCCAGACGUAUGGAACACAGAGAGCAAGAUUAAGAGAACUCCUUUACACACAGCAGCGAUGCAUGGGUGCUUCAAGGCGGUGGAAGUGUUGCUAGAGAGGUGUGGCUACGAGCCGGAUUGUAAGGACAGCUGUGGAGUGACUCCCUUCAUGGAUGCUGUGCAGAACGGCCAUGUUCGCGUUGCUCAGCUUCUCAGGGACCGGAAAAGGGUUUCCCACACAGCCGUGGAUAAAAUUGGUGCCCAGGCUUUGCAUCUGGCUGCAGUAACUGGACAGGAUCAAUCUAUCCGGUACCUCGUGUCUGAUCUCGGUGUCAACAUAAACGAGAAAGCAACUUCAGCCCAACUUAGCGCGCUUCAUUAUGCCGCAAAGGAAGGACAUCUCGGCACAAUUUCAACUCUACUGUCACUUGGUGCUGAUCUCCACUAUAAAGAUGCGAAACAGAGAUCCGCUCUUCACUUGGCGUCUGCUGGCCAACAUGCACAAUGCGUUCACUUUCUGCUGGCGUCUGGAAUAAAGGAUUCAUGCGACUCAUCUGGGUUUAAAGCAGUAGAUCUUGCAAAGAAACCAGAUGUUCAGCAAGUCUUCCGCGCUCAUUUAAAUGAAUUAAACCCCAGUUAAAGUUGCCUGUAAUUUAGGACUGUGUACUCUGGCUACAGGUAGCGGUACAGGACUCUGGUAUCAAAGAUGAUUCACUUCUUCAACUUAAACCAGGACAACUAAUUCACCGUGCACCCUGUUAUUUUGUGUACUUAAGGAUUUGCGGCUUCCUGAAUCCGAAUUAUUUUGCUGCGAGCUUACAAUGUUUGUUAGAAUGACUGUAUGGCUGAAUUCUGCACAAUUCCCAGAUAACUUUAUAGCACAGCUGCUAAUGAGGUCUGCAGGUAAUAGCCGAAUAAACAAAUUGGAUAUACUUUAAAGGGGCACUUUAUUGCAUACU